AUGACAUUUCAGUCCUCCACACUGCAACGUGGAGAUGAUAAUCCUGUUUACGACACUGCACAAUCAAACGCUUGCGCACCUUUGCACCACGCGCGAACCGGCAGCGUACCGGCAGCGUACCGGCAGCACGGGACACAAGCGCCCACCGCUACUCUGAACUUCGCUCCUGAAAACUCUAAACAGGAGUAUCUUAUCGAGUGCCGCAGCAUCGGUGGCAAGAGGCCUACUAAUGGGUGGACGGUUGAAACAGCACACAUUUUGCAGUUGGCAGAAAAACUACAGACUCAUAGCUGCAAGAGCUGUUGUCCCCAAGAAGAACCUAACCACAGCCCAGUGGGGACUGCUUUAGAGGCACUUGAGGAGGAUAUCAGGGCCCUCAGGGAAGAGAAUGAAACACUGCAGGACCAGCAGAGUGUAGGAUCUUCUGCAGCCAGUAAAGAUCUUGAGACCCAGGUCAAGGCUUUACAUAAGGAGAACACCAGGCUGUGCAAAAUGGCAGUCAAAGAAAUUCCAUCACUCUUAGCAGCUGUGAGGACCCUCAGUUCGGACAAGAUCACAGAGAGCUCAAGCAAUGGUGAUGAAACCGAAUAUGAGGCUCUACCAUCACCUCCUCAACCCACAUCUCCCAAACCAACAUCAGUGCCACUAGAGAAUGAUGACUCCACCAGAGUGUUUGCCCAUUGUUGGGAGACUGCAGAAGCACAACCUACAGCGAAAGGAAUGGCCUGCACCCUCCUGCUGGGCCUGUUCAGCACUGAUGUCCUACUGAAGUCCAACCUGACGGGAGGGGUCAACAAGGUCGAUCCAUCUGCAGAGAUACGCCAGCCUCUGGACCCCAAGAAGCUUACAGCUUUACUCAAUGCAGUUGUUCAGCAACACCCAGGGGCGAAGAUUCCAGAUAUACAAACGGCCAUAAAAAUAAGGAUCUGUGAGUUAAGACACCAGGAGAAGAAAAAGUCAAUGGACAACUGAAGGACUGGCCAAGGCUGGCCAAUCAGAGUGGGUCUUGAUAAGUUAGCAUGCGGGAUCCAUAACACUGCACUAAAGGAUUGUCCUGUUUUUUCCACUGAGGGAUUAAGAUCUAUUAAGAUAUAUGUUCCUAUAUAAAUCUGAUUAUAUUAUCAUGUACAUUGAGGUAUAUUAUCACAUAUAAUUUUACAUAUAUAUUUACAUACAUAUACAAUGGCUCAAUAUAUAAUUUCAUAUAUUUUGGGACAUAUUUCAAUAUACAUAACAAUAUAUUAAAUAGUAUAUUAUGUAUUUAUUCAAUAUAUGAAAAUGGCAAUAAUUGCAGUAUUUUCCGAUAUAUAGCAAUAUAUCACUUACAUAUAUAAUAUAUUAUUAGUAAUAUUAUGAUAUAUUAUAGUAUAGAUAUAUUAUUAGUUAUAUUAUGAUAUAUAUGUAAAUGCCACAAUAUAUGGAGACACAUGAAAUAUAUUGUCACGUAAUAUAUUGAGAAAUAUAUUUUUGUUGCGUAAGGGAAUAAUGAUAAAAAGUUUUAAUGGUAAAGAAAAGCUCCUGAUGAUCACUGACUUUUAUUCAAGACUUCUGUAAAGUGGUUUCCUCACAUUAAGGUUACCCGUCUCCCCUGAUCCUCGCCCUUGCUUUAUGUUCAUUAAUGAAUUUAUUUUUGUCCUCGCUCUACAUGAUUUCAAUGCCAUAUGCUAAUGUUGCCCCAUCCUUUAGAUCACUGUUGCUUUCCUGAAGACUUUCAUGAAGGUUGUUGCUUUUGACAACAACAGCCGCCUCCUGUCAAAUUAGGCAUUUCCAAUUAGCGCCUUCACAUAAGUAAGAGGCAGAAGCAGAGCUGCUGAUCAGAGCCAUAUGUAAGGAUGAAUAUUCAUGAUUCUUACUGUGACUUUUUUCAGCUCAGUGAUCUGAUUCCAGCGUCCUCAUUAUGCUGAUCCUCUGUACAAAGAGAGACAAAGUUACACAGGAGAGGGAGGGACUCAGCUUUGGCCAAAAGUUGCAUUAUCUUAAAGUUGGUGGCAUCAAAUCAGCUGUGCAACAUCCAACCAUGCUGUGUGUGUUUAGAACAUUGGUACAGAACUUUAACUGAUACAGUAGGCAGUAGUUAUAAACUAGACAGUUUCUAACUACUUUACAUACUAAAUGUUCACAAUGACUCAUUACUAAUUAGUUACUAUAGUUCAUUAGUAUUAUACUAGAUAUUUUGAUGAGAACUUCACUUGGUGGUAAGGACAGACUCACUGAGACAAUAUGAGGAAGAAACCUUGAGAGGAACCGAAUUCAGAACCUCUUUCUUAUCUGGGUGACAAGGGAAAGUGGGAUUAAAAAUCAUUAAAAACAUGGAUAAUGGGAUUUAUAAAUCAUUAUAAACAUUGAGAAGGGGAUUAUAAAUUAUUAUAAACACCAGAAAGUGGGAUUAUAAAUCAUUAUAAACACUGAGAGUGGGAUUAUAAAUCAUUAUUAAUACUGAGAGUGGAUUUAUAAAUCAUUAUUAAUACUGAGAAUGGGUUUUUAAAUAAUUAUAAACACUGAGAGUGGCUUUAUAAAUCAUUAUAAACGAAGAGAGUGGGAUUAUAAAUCAUUAUAAAUACUAAGAGUGGGAUUAUAUAUUGUUAUAAACACUGAGAGUGGGAUUAUAAAUGAUUAUGAACACAGAGUGGGUUUUUAAAUCAUUAUAAACACUGAGAGAGGGAUUAUAAAUGAUUAUGAAUACAGAGUGAGACUAUGAAUCAUUCUAAACACAGAAGAGUGUAACUAUUUGUCCUUAUGAUGUGAUCCUUAGUCAGUGACCUAGUGAGCCAGUGAUGAUGUAUUAAUUGAUAGAAACUUCAAAGCAUUGUUAUACAAACGUUGUUUUGUAUGAACUAUUUAUAAGGUAUACAACUAAAAGA